GGCGAAUAUGAUAGUGAAAUUAGAUUCCAAUUAUUAAUUCUUUAAUCAACUGUCAAAUGACGUUUGAUUUGUGUAUCUUCAGUUAUUUAGUUUUGUUAAUAUGAAUAUAGAAUAUUUAUACAGUUUUCUUGUACUGUUUUUCACGUCGUAUAAUUUUUAUAUCGAUUGUUGACGACGAUAGUUGAAACAAUCUUGUACAGUUUUGAUCUUUAUUGCUAAGCCAACAUGCCAGGACGUAUUAAGAUCGAUAUAAUACCUCAGGAUUUACGGCAGGAGGAGACAAUAGUACAAAUAGCAGAAGCUUUGGAUAAUUUGGAUUCUGCUGUUUCUACUGUGUUUGACUGUAUCACUAACAGACUGUCUGAAAAUAGUAGCAGACUCUCGAGCAUUAAAGAAAGGGCCAUAAAGCUUCAGGGUCGGUUAAAUUUUUUACAGACAAACUUAAACUUGAAAGCUGUAAAAAUGUAUUCUGCAGCAAAAUAUCCUGCUAGUGACACAUUUAAAGAAUAUUCUAUAGCUGUGCAAGUACAGCCAAAAUGUAAGGAUUCUUUAGAAACAAUAUACAAAAGUCCAGUUCCAAUAGAAGAAUCGUCAAAGGCAAAUCUAUCAGCUAACAACAAAAUGAAGAAUGAACAAUAUCAAGCAAAUACAAAUCUAAAAGAAAAAUUGCAGUUUUAUCAUGUGAAGACAAAUCCUUCUCAAAAUGUUGACAACAAAGAAUUACUUGAGGACAAAAUACCACCACAUUUAUCUUCUGUCAGUGCAUUGCUUCUAUUUAAUAGCACAGAUAAUCCUUAUAAGAGAUCCUCUCAACAUGCUGCUCAUCAUGUUAUCGAUAGUCAGAAAAUUGAGGAUGCACCUGAUUCUAUUCUUCAGCCAUGGCAUUUGACAGAAAUGGAAUCACCAUCUGGCUACCUUUAUACUCCAACAUUGGGAGAAUUGCCACUAAUCAAUGUUCCACUAACACUCCCAGACCUGCCUGGUAUUGUAGACGACGAACGAUUUUCACUUGAUCUAAAUUCUCAAACUCCAAUAGCACCUUCUUCAGCAGUAACAACACCGACUGUGCGACUUAAUCUACCAUCACCGUUACAAUCAUCAGCCGACGAGAAAGACAAUAUAGAAAAGAUCAGGCAAGAAACACCAAAUUUACCGAAUCUAACCGAGGAUAUGACCUCGACACAAACUAUUGGUCCACCUCCAUCACCUCCACCACCUAUCAUAACAAAUCAACCAGAACCUCCUCCACCUCCUGAACCUCAGUUAAAGUCUCAAACGAAUAUAGCCCCACCACCGCCACCACCUCCACCUCCACCACCACCACCUCCAGCAUCAGAGGAACAAUCGCAACCGGAAACAUCGUCGAAGAAAACGAAACAUUCUUCAAAAGCAAAGGUGGAGACUGUCGAUGUCCAUUCGAACUUAAUGGCUGCUAUUCGUAAUGCUGGUGGACUUGGAAGAGCGAAACUGCGACAUACUGCUCCCGAUGAAAAGAGUGAAAAGCGCUGGUCAUCAGCCUCUGUCGGUGGCGAUCUUAUGGCCGAUCUUUACGCGAAAUUAUCUUUGAGACGUAAAGGAAUAGCAGGUGCAACUGCUGGCGCAUUGGAGAAAACAUCAACUCUUAUUCCACCAACUCCAAAACCCAAUGAAGCUACAGUUUCAGAUAGAAAUUCAGCCACAAGUGAAUACGACUCGCAACCAGAUACUGAUGACUGGGAAGAAUGAUCUUUUUUUCUAUUUUUUUUUGGAUUUGAAAAUACAAAUGGUUUCUAAAAAUUAACAUCUAACAUCAUUUGGACAUGAGUUGGAUGGAUCAAGCAUUGUGAUUUUAUAGUUUAAUCAGAUCAUUUUAGUGAUAUCAAGGAGUUACAGAAAAAUGGUUUGAACAGAAAAUGCUAAAAGUUCAAUGUUAGGAGAUUCGUAAAAAGUUUUAAUAUGUACAUGUAUGCAUAUAUCAGUUAUAACGAAUUAGAAAUCAAGGCUAAUUCUGUAUGAGGAUGAAUUAUAAUUACUUUAUGAGACCAAAAAAAAUAAUUUGCUAUUGAGCUCGAUUAUUUAUACAAAACUGUUUUUAAUUAACAAUAUAUAAUUGAAAUAUAUUUAAAUUGGAUCUCUGUUUAACUAUUCAAAAUUCAUAAUAGAUUACGUGCAGCCGUUUGAAAUUUAAUUUUUACAAAAUUCUAUAGAACUAUUUUUCAGUAUGUCUUAUUGAUUCUAAAAUGAUUUGCCUAAUCUAUGGAAUUGGAUUUUCUGAAUUACUUUAAUGCAGUGUCUUAUGGUUUCUAGAUAAGAAAUAUAUAAAGAGAUUCAUGCUAUUGACAUUAUGAAUGCUGCCAUAGCUUUGUCGGAUGAGUCUUAUGGAUCCCUAAUUAAGUCAAACUCUCAAAUAUUAUAAUUUUGACCAUUUAUGAAUCCAGUUUUUCGACUAAUCUGACAAAGCUGUGAAGGCUACCAUAUAUUGAAAGCAAUUUCGUCGAAAAUAAUUUCAAAUGUCUCCUGUUAUUCAUAAUAAAUUUAUUCAUAAAGAACAAUUAAUGAAUGAAGAAAAGUAAAGACUAAUAAAAAAUG